AUCUGUGUGUUUUAUUUUAAUUUACCGUGAAGGUGGGGAGGCCGGUGGCAGAUCCUGUUUUGUGCAGCUGCAACAGCAGCAGCAGCAGGAGGAAGGAAGGAAGGAAGGAAGGAAGGGUUUGAAGUUGGCGCCCCAGCAGGACAGCACCGGAAACUCGGAGCGGCUGAUGUCGAAGAGGAAAGCGGAGGAUACUCUGUGUUGCCGGCCCGGCAAGCGUUUCGUUUCCCUGCUGCUGGAGCGCAAGAGGAGCGUGUGGCCCCCGGCGCCGAGGCCGCAGGCAAGCGCCAAGAGGAAGCUGCUGGAGGAGCCUCUGCUCGAGCCGCACUGCAAGAGGCCCGGGAGCGCGUCCGGCGGCGGGAUCGCGCGGCCCGGACACGCGGACAGCGGGAGCGCGAGCGGAGUGGGACACGUGGCCGCGCCCGGGAACGGCGGGGGCGGGAGCGCGAGCGGCGGUGGGGAGGGGUGGCCCGCUCGCGACCCCACUCGCAGCUGCAGAGCCUCCCGCCUGACCGGGACUGCGCAGAAUGCACCUUGGGAUGAAGUAUCUUGUCAAUACAACUCUUUUCAGUUUUGGAGAGUUCAGUUGCCUCCUGUUGACUUGACUGAGAUUGAGGAUUUUAGACAGCCGAAGAUAACUGAAGAAAUGAAUUGUGAAGAUCCUGAUGAGUCAGCGGAAAUAGAGAUGGAGCUGCAGAACUGAGAUUGUCGUAAAAAAUUAUGUUUGCAUAUUUUGAAAUAAAUAAUAGGGCUAGGAGUUAUCCUGGAAGAAGGGAGAAAGGUGCAGUGCAUCCUUAGUUUUUCUAAAAAUGCUAAUUGUUGCAAGUGAUCUAUAUUUCCUGCAUUCUUAUAGUUUGUCUGAGGAGAACAUUACAGGUGCACAAGCUUUCAAAAUUUACCAGGCUGUUCAAAAAUGCAGGGAUGCCAUUCAAUAAAAUUGUAAACAAAUGUGUAAUUGUUUAUCUGAGUUGAAAUAAUUCUGAGAAGUUCACAUCCCUGAUUAGUUUAUGUGAUACUUACUCCAGAGCCAACGGAUGUCCAGUAAAUGGACAAGCCGCAGUUUUAAUAUGGAAUUCAAACUGUUGAUAGGAUGUAGGUUGUCUAGUUGUCAUUAUUGGUUCAUGACAGCUCAUACAGUCAUGAUAAAAUAUAAUAUUACAGUUAUAAAGCUAGUUGGAUGUCCAAGAAUACUUAAGUUUGUUCAUGUUCUUUAGUAAUAAUAAUGUAAAAUAUGCAAUUUAUGAUUUUUUAAAAAAGUUUACUCCUCUUCCUCUUUGAAGGUAUUGAUCAUGUUUGGAUGCAAUUUCUUUUGUACUGCACUGGCAUCCUGCAGUAUCUCAUCCAAAUGGCCAGCCUUCAAGUGUGAAUUUUGAAUUUUUGAAUUACGGAGAGUAACACAACAAGGAAUCAAUGUGCACUUGAAAUGCUCUCCUGAGCUGCUAAUGGGAAGAAAAUGCAAACAAUAGCUCAAGUCAUUAGUCUUAACUCUGAGAAUCACAACUGAUUUGUACUCUUUGGAUGCUGUUGGACUUCCUCUGAGUUUAUUUGUUAACCAAAAAAAAAUUGCUUUUGAAGCAAUUUGUCUGUGAAACAUUGACCUCGAUGCAGUCAGCCAGCCUUUGUGAUCAAAAUGUAACUAAGUAACAAAGAGUAGCAAGUGAGAGCAAAAGCGGGAAGGUAAUACAAACUAAUUAAACUCUCUUUUCUCUCCACAGAUGCUGCCAGAGCUGCUGAGUUUCUCCUGCAGUUACUGCUUUUGUUCGUAACACAAGUAGCUUUUUUUGAAAAGAUGCAAGUUUGUGCAUUAGGUUUUGAGGGUUAAUACAUUAAUAAUAGGUCUGCUAAACAUUUCAGUAGCUAUAUUAUUUCAAAUUCUUUUAUUGUAUGAGGUGAAAGUAAUGAAACUAGUUGAUGCAGGUAGACAAAGUUUGCCUGAAUUUGCCCGUGGUAAUGGGAUCUAAACUCUUUUUAAUAUGACUAAACAAUUUAUGUGAGUUUAUUGUUUUGCACGGUGAUUUUCCCAAUAACCGUGGACCUGAAUGAUCUCAAAUGAGAAAGAAACCUAGAGAGAGUACUUUCUGUUCAAAGUACUUCUGUUAUUUGCAGACUGGUAUUGUAUUGUUGUGCAGCCUACUUAAUUGGGAAUCUGCUGUUUGAGUCCAAAGGAAACAUGGGUUUCAUGAUUUUGGUGUUCCCAAGAACUCUUAGAGUGGGUCAGUGUGAACUCGAUGGGCCGAAUGGCCUACUUCCACACUGUAGGGAUUCUGUGAUUCUUUCUAUGAUUUGAGUUAUUUUGGGAAAGAUGAAUGUAGAGGCUUCACCAAAGCCUGGACUUUACAGUCACAGUCCUAUCUGAUGUGUAUGAAGUGCUUUUCGUUGGUAAUGUCAUUGGAGUGAGUUAACAAACAUGAAGAUUGUAUCAAAGACAUCUACCUGGGUAAGAAAAUUCAGAUUUAAAAGAAAAUGGAGUUAUCAUGAGGCUAUUGUUUUAGAUUCCAAAACAGAUUAUUUGAACAAAAAUGUAUCUCACAAGAUGAUUCUGUCCCCCUAAUUUAGUCGUGCAGACUGAAACCAAACCUGGUCAUCGUGGAUGAAUUGUAUUUUAACCUUAUAUAACAGGCAUAUAGCUAGUUAUUUUGCCAAAAUGUUUACGAUUAUUAGUAAACUAGAGAGUUUAAAUGGGUUGUGCAUGAGUAAAUUUAACAUCAGUUGUUUUCAUUUUUCAGAGUCGACUAAAUAGUGUUAUACCAGGCGUUCAGCCACAAGUAUGACACGUGGAAUUCAUAUUCUAGGAAUAUCUCUUUUGUUUUUACUUGCCAAAAUACUCUUCUUUUUUUCCUCUUCCCUUUUUCUACUGUGUCACCCUCGGGCUUGUGUUUUGUAUGGUUAAGGGAAGAGGGCUAUUGGCAUGCACGUCUUCGUCGUUGUAACUUCUGACAACUGCAGUUUAAAGUGUUACUUCUCUUCCUGUUUCUGGGAUUGAAAAGAUGUUAAUAUCUGUAUGACCCAGGGCAGCUUGCCCAUGCAAUCCUAAGUCAUUAGACACUUAGUUCAGUUUAGUUCUGAAUUUAUUUUAAUGUUAAAUGAGUUAACACUUUCUGGGCAGAAGGAUGGUAAUGCAUACUUUAUCACUGACGUAAAAUUGGACAGUUGCUGUUAUUGUUGCUCCCUGAACAUUCGCAAUUGUUGUUGCUAUUUCUGGUGGUUUCCAUUUCUGAACGGUGUGAAAAUCUUGCUUAAUAUGGCUAACUUGAAUUUUUUUGGUUGAAGGAAAUGGGUAAUAUCUGUUGUGCAGCAUGGAAAUAAAUCCUGAGUAUGAUAGGGUAAGUUUUGUUUUGGAGGUAGAGAUGUUGAACUCCGUAAUGAAUAUGUAGCUUUUAUUUUCCUUUUACCUGCUGAUGUCUGAGCUUCCACAUUUUUUUAAUGAACUGCUGAUUUGAUAUUUCAGUUGUAAAUACAAUAUCAUUUUGUGUAACCAUACAAUUCACAUUGAAAGGGAAACCCAAAGAUCUGUAUAGAAAAUUAAUGAUGCCUCUGUUGCAUGCUUUGCUGGGUUUGUCAGGUAUUCAAGGCGUUAUUUUAUACAAAAUUUGAAUAUUUGAAAGAAUAAAAUAUUUUCCAUGUUUGUA